AAGGAGUUAAUUUGAUGAAGUCGUUGUGCAGAACUUGGUGGGGCUCUCAGCCUGAAACGCUGUUGCUGUUGUAUAGGGCCAUGGUUCGUCCAUAUCUCGAUUAUGGUUGUUCCUAUUAUGGGAAUUGUCCUAAGACCCUCAUGACCAGGAUGGAUCGGGUGCAGUACGCUGCGCUGCGAGUUGCUAUGGGUUACAUGAGAUCCACUCCUAUCCCCAUCAUUCUGGCCGAAUCUAGGGAGUUACCGCUCAAUAUCCGUAGAACCUGGUUGGCGAUCAAAUUUUUAUCCAAACUAGCUAAGAUCACGAACAACCCGGUCCUUCUGAAAAUCAAAUCCUUGGAACCCUGGCUAGGCCGUGGUAAUCCUCCUCCUCUAGUUGAAGCCUUGCCUCUGCUGACUGCUGGAUAUUAUUCCUCUCCUCACCUUCCUUGCUUCGCUCAUUCUGGUUCUUUGAGGUACAGUUGCGAAAAGUGUGAUUACUCUUCGGCGAGGAAGAAGGAUGUCAGGAGGCACGUGGACUCGGUUCACCCAAAAUUCAAAUGCGAGAUAUGCAAAUAUGUUUCGAAUAAAGAGGAAGAUUUCCGAACGCACCAAGAUACAGUUCACAGAGAACGUAAACCUUACAAUUGUCGCUUGUGUGAAUUCGCUACCGACUGUGAGGAUGAUUUGGAAAUACAUAAAGAUUCCGCACAUUCCAAGCGGUACAAAUGCGCCAGCUGUGAUUUCUGUACGAAAUGGAGGAAAGAGCUCAGGAAACACUUGGAUGUCUUUCACACAGAAAAAUAUGAAUGCGAUUCGUGUGAAUUCGUUACGAAUCAAGAAACCGACCUCCAAGCGCACCGAGAUUCCAUUCAUUGCGAUCCUGACACUCUCGACUGCAAUCUAUGCGAGUAUAUUGCGAAUUGCACGAGUGACUUGAAAAAACAUAAAUCUUCAGUUCAUCCUGACGCCCACAAAUAUAAAUGCGACAAAUGCGACUACUCUGCAAAGAGGCAAAGAUUUCUUCUGAAACACAUGGUUUCUGCCCAUCCCGAAUCCGAACGCGAUGUUGAUUCAAAUUCGGAAAAUGAUGCUGUUACUGAUGAUUCCGAUACUGAGCAUAAAUGCGACCAAUGUGAUUACGUUACGAAAUGGAGAAAAGAUCUCAGGAGGCACGCAGACGCCGUUCAUCUAAAUCAUAAGCCGAAUAGGUGCCGGCUGUGCGACUUUUCAACGAAAGAAAGUUAUAACCUCCAAAGGCACAUCGAUUCAGUCCAUCGCAACGCUUGGACUUUCAAAUGCGAGUCUUGCGACUACGCCGCCAGCCAAAAGAAGGACCUCGAGGCCCACGUGCAAUCAGUGCACGAGAAUUCGAAACUUUUCAAGUGUACCUUAUGCGACUACUCUUGCAAUCGUAAAAAUUAUCUUGACCAACACACCAAUUCCGUCCAUUUGAAGCUAUACCAGUACAAGUGUCCAGAAUGCGUGUAUUCUACAAACAGGAGGCACCAUCUGGACAGGCACAUCCAGUCGGUUCAUUCAAACGCGAAGGAAUUUCAGUGUCCCUUAUGCGAGCACGCGACAAAUCAAAAGGGCAAUCUUAAAAUCCACAUGGAUGCUGUUCACUCGAAAGCAAACCUGUUCAAGUGUCAUAUAUGCGAUUUUUGCACGGCAUAUAACACCGAACUCGUAGGGCAUAUAGAUUCAAUUCAUUUCAACGAGAAAAAACAUGAGUGUGCAUUUUGCGAUUAUAGAACGAAUAGGAUUGGAGAUCUCAGAAAACAUGUAAAUUCCGUUCAUUCAACCUCGCAAAAUACUAUAAAGUGUCAGUCGUGUGAUUAUACGACCAAUUGUUCACGGAAUCUUAAGAGGCAUACAGAUACCGUACAUCAGGAAUACAAACCGUAUAAAUGUGAAAUUUGCAAUUAUGCCACAGCUCACAAAAAUAAUCUCAAAAAUCAUGUGAAUUCUGCUCAUAAGUGUCACUUAUGCGACUUUACCGCAGAUCAUGACGAUGAUUUAGGAAGGCAUUUCGGCACUGUUCAUCCUGAUUUAGAGCUGUUUAAGUGUGAUUUGUGUAAAUAUGUCGCAACUAGGAAAAACCAUCUAAAACGACAUUUACUUUCUUUCCACCCACAAAUAUGACAUUUUAAUAUAACAUAAAUAUUUUUACAUUCUCAAAUUCCACUUCGUCCAAUAACCAGCAUUUCGGAUGAUCUGGAUUCUUUAUUUUUAUAUAUGUUAAUUGAUCUUUUAUUUUUUUAUUUUUUAUACCAAAAAUAUUAUUUUAAUCUUUGAAGGUGGUAAAAAUAAAAAUU